AUGAAGGUCCUCUGUCUUCAUGGAAAAGGCACCAGUGGCGCCAUUUUCAAAUCCCAAACCUCUUCAUUCCGAGCGAAACUUCCCCAAAAAAACGUCCAAUUCGACUUCGUAGAUGGUCCCGUGAGCUCUGAGCCCGCCGCGGGCGUAGAUCUCUUCUACCCGGGGCCAUACUAUGGAUUCUGGGAGCGCGGCUCCGUAGACGACAUCCGCGAAGGCUGCGACUGGCUCCGCGAAUACCUCGCCAAGCACGGCCCCUACGAUGCCGUGAUGGGAUUCUCACAAGGAACAAUUCUCGCUUCAACAUACCUUCUCUUUCACGAAGAGGAAACCCCGCACCUCCCGCCGCCGUUUAAGGUCGCCAUCUUUCACUGUGGCGGUGUCUCGCUGCAUGUGUUACAGGAUCUCGGAUUUAACAUAACAUCGGCCAUGCACGAUCGCGAUUUGGCUUCGCGCAAUGCGCUGAUGAGCUCGGCUAGUUCGGAGGCGAUUUUGCGGAUGGGGACAAAUAGGUGGAAGGGGGAUAACUCGAAUGGUGGAUUGAGUGAGCAGGAGCUGCGGGAUGAGGUUAAGGGCCCCGUGCAGAUCUCUAUUCCCACCGUCCAUGUUUAUGGGAGUAGGGAUCCAAGGUUCACAUCGGGUGUGCAGCUGUCUGGAGUGUGUGAUCCGGAGAAGCGGAGAUGUUAUGACCAUGGCGGUGGGCAUGAGAUUCCGCGGCAGUCGGCUGUUACCCGUGUUCUCGUGGAGCUUUUUGAAUGGGCGACUGAGCAAGUUGAGGAGGCCUGA